GAUGACUGAAGGAAAAUCUAUCCAAGUCUUCUGUAUCUUGGAACGAAGGAUUUUUAGGCUUUUAGUGACAAACCACCCAAUGCUUUCUUCGUGUGCGAGUAUCAACCAGGGUAAGCCUCACUACAUCGCCGAGGACGUCUACACGCUCGGGACUCUGAGUUGCGCGGUUUGUGGUCAGGCCUUCCCGAUCAACUCAUGCGCGCGGAUGUCAAUGAGCUGCGGGGCCUGUGGUACCCUACACCAAGCCGCGGAGACGGCAGGUUCACACGCGUCUUCGACAACUCUUUCGUCGACCUCCGCCUUGUACGCCGCGGCUCGGCUUUUUACACAGGACGCGGUGGAUGCGGUGAUGCGUUGGAUGGAGGCCAGUCAGGAGGAAGACGCCUCCGGGACGACAGCGGCCGGCGCUUCAACCCAGGGCAAGCCGCGAGUGGGUACCACCGAGGUCGACAAUCGCGUGAUUGAAGAGGCGCUAUGCGAGACCUGUGGGGUACAUCGUCCGUGCAAGUCCUUCGCGCGGCAAACCCGUGGUGCGGAUGAAGGACAGACGAUUUUUUAUCAGUGCACAGUGUGCAAAUCGGAAUGGCAACAGAACUCGUAGUGUGUGUUCCCAUAAAAGCAUUCUGGCAAGGGAAUAUUUUGUCAUCGACCAAUUCUUUCGUCUCUGCACAAAGUUGUAGGCAAGAUAGUAUUUACCAAAGCCGCUGCAAGUGAAACUCAUUGUUAUUGUUUGUGUGAGAAUAAACUUUUAAAUAUGUUGUGGUGGUAAAAUAUCAACAUCCAAGACCUAAA